AUGAAUAUUUCAGCAAACUGCCUCUUCAGUGGUUCCUCGUUAGCAUCUGAAGUGCAUGCUGCUGCUGUUAAUGGAGAUAAGAGUACCCUCCAAAAGCUAAUAGCAGGAAACUCUGAGCUGAAAGAUAAAGAGGACCAGUUUGGAAGAACUCCACUUAUGUACUGUGUAUUGGCCGACAGGCUGGACUGUGCAGAGGCAUUGCUGAAGGCUGGAGCCGAUGUUAAUAGAGCUGAUCGUAGUCGAAGAACUGCUCUUCAUCUUGCUGCACAAAAGGGAAACUACCGCUUCAUGAAACUUUUACUGGCUCGUAGAGGGAACUGGAUGCAGAAGGACUUGGAGGAUAUGACACCAUUACAUUUAACAACACGUCACAAAAGCCCAAAAUGUUUAGCUUUGUUGCUAAAACAUAUGGCACCUGGAGAAGUGGAUACCCAGGAUAGAAACAAGCAAACUGCAUUGCAUUGGAGUGCCUACUACAAUAACCCAGAGCAUGUGAAACUUCUUAUAAAACAUGAUUCAAAUAUUGGAAUCCCUGAUAUUGAAGGAAAAAUCCCACUUCACUGGGCAGCUAACAACAAGGACCCUAGUGCAAUUCACACAGUGAAAUGUAUUCUGGAAGCUGCACCUACAGAAUCUCUGCUUAACUGGCAAGACUAUGAAGGACGAACUCCCCUUCAUUUUGCUGUUGCUGAUGGGAAUGUAGCAGUGGUUGAUGUCCUGACCUCCUAUGAAGGCUGCAAUGUGACAUCUUAUGACAACUUGUUUCGAACUCCCCUUCACUGGGCAGCCUUACUUG